UACUCCCAUCACUACAGAGUCUGCACGAGCGGCGCAUGCUCCUGGGUCCAGUCUGAUAGAGACGAGAUGGCGGCAGCGGCGUCUAAGAGGAUGAGCGUCCGACAGAGAGUUCCUGCUAAGAGCGACCGGGACCGGACCAGCCAGGAAGUCAGCACCGGGAAACAGAGAGGAAGAGAUGGACUUAAACAACACCACUGUGACAAAUCCUUCAGAACAUCCGGACAGUCAAAGAAUCAUCGGAGAGUUCACACUGGAGAGAAACCGUACAGCUGUGACCAGUGUGGGAAGGUUUUCUCUACUUUAAGUAAUCUAAAAAGUCACAAAUAUGUUCACAUGGGGGAGAAAGCGUACCGGUGUGAACAGCGUGGGAAAACAUUUACUCACAGUAAAACCCUGAAACGGCACCAAUGCGGUCACGCUGCAUCGCUGUAAACAUUUUUCAGAGCCAAGCUAGCUCUUGCCUGCUGCCUCCUCCUCAUGCUGUGUUAUAUUGUGAGCUUCUCUUUAAACUGAGAGAUAGACAACAGUAACUUUAUAUUCUGAGCAGCAUGUGCGUUAAUGUGUUAACUGUUUCUACUGAUGUUAUUAUGAAUUCGUAAACAAGUGUCAAUGAACUGAAUUUUUGUACAUUUUUAAUACACUUCAGAUCUCAAACCUGUAAAAUAAUAUUUAAAACUCACCGUUCAGCUGCUGGCACUAUUCCACUAGCACUGCGAGGAAGAAGUGCUUCCUUACCGUCCAUUAAUCUGCCAAGUGCUCAUAAUAUCACUUGGUAAAUAAAAUGUAGGGACUUUAGGAGCCGUCAGCCCUUCCUCUCUGAUCUCUCUGGGACAUCCCAGAUGACCACUCUCUCUCUGGGGAAGUCGGAUAUGAAACUCAGCAGAAGGACAAAUCCUUGAGAUGAGUUUUAUUAACCCAAGUGUAAAUAAAUGUACAGUCACUGGUUCAGUAA